CAGUGUUAUCGACUAUCGAAAGCGCAGCUGUUUUCGUCUGAGAAAAAAAUCACAGAGGAAACACUCGAAGGAUAUCAAGGAUUUUGGGAUUCUGGGACUCUGUGGCGCAGCAGGAGCUGAUCGUAAAUAAGACUCGAACGGGAAACAGCCGAGCACUUGCGCCGGAGAGCCAUGGAGCCGCCAUCGCCGGGCGGAAUCGCGUCCGCCGGCUCGACGCACAAGUUCCAUCCGUGCGAUGAGGCGGUAAUAGCCACCAACGACGAUGCCAGCGACUGCAAGCGAUGUGCGGUACGCCUGGGCUACUGGAAGGACGACUACAUCGGGUACUUUGUGCGCAACCAGGAGCGCAAGGCGCCGGAGAUCAACCGGGGGUACUUUGCCCGGGUCAAGGGCGUGGAGAUGUGCGUCGAGAAGUUUCUGAAGAAAACGUCGGGCAACUGCCAGAUCAUCAAUUUGGGCUGCGGCUUCGACACACUCUACUUCCGGCUGAGGGACACCGCCCACCAGGUGAAGAACUUCAUCGAGCUUGACUUUCCCACGGUGACCGCCCGCAAGUGCUACACAAUCAAGCGGAACAAGGCCCUGCUGGCCAGGAUUCACGACGAGGACGGCGAAGUGCGGCUGAGUCCCACGGACCUGCACGGACCCAGCUACCACCUGAUGGGCGUCGACCUGCGCAACCUCGACGAGGUGGACAACAAGCUGCAGCAGGCCGAAGUGGACUACUCCCUGCCCACCAUCUUCCUCGCCGAGUGCGUGCUCGUCUAUAUCGAGGCGCAGAACUGUCGCAAUCUGCUCAAAUGGAUCGCCCAAAAGUUUCAGGCCGCCGUCUUCGUCAACUACGAGCAGGUGAACAUGAACGACCGCUUUGGCGAUGUGAUGCUCAACAACCUGCGCGGACGCGGCUGCAGCCUGGCAGGAGUGGAGUCCUGUCUGUCGCUGGAGACGCAGCGGAAUCGCUUCAAGGACAGCGGCUGGACAGGAGCGCGCGCCUGGGACAUGGUGCAGGUGUACGAGAGCAUCUCGGCGGCCGAAAGGCAGCGCAUCGAGCGGCUGGAGAUGCUGGACGAGGGCGAACUGCUGCUGCAGCUGUUCCAGCACUACUGCCUGGUGGUUGCCUGGCUGGGCGUGACCUUCCAGGACAUAGAUAUCACGUGCGUGCCAGUCGUCGAGGAGCUGAUGUCCUCGCUUAACAUUGACUAGGAGGAGCGAUGAGGGAGGCAAGGAUGAAGUGACAGCCAACUUGGAUGAAUUAUUUAUUGACUCUUCUUUGCUCCACUCGGAAGGAAGGCCAUGCCAAAAGAUUUUGCUUCUCAACGUGUUAAUCUUAAUAACAAUUAAUUAUACAAAAACCAUCGAAAUCAAAAUGUAUUUAAACAACUAUCCCACACGGAACCACUCACACAUUGCUUGAUUUGUACAUUUUUGAAUGUUCCUUAUACAUUUUUCCCUUGUUACGUUCUUUAUUAUUUAAACGCUUAUUUUAUUCUUGAAAUUGAUUACUAAUUUAUCACCGAAUCUUGGCGAAAAUUGAUAUGCCAUUCAUUCAUUCCCCAAUUCUAGUGUGCGUUUUAAGUGUAAAUGUAUUUCGAAAUUAAUAAAAACAAAACUUAAUUGCAAAACUGAAA